AAGAAGUAGAGACCUUGCUUGUAUUACUUGAGCAUUUAGUUUUCUCCUUUUUUUCCUCCAGCUAGAGAACCUGGCCAUAGUUUGAUCCCCUAGCUAGCAAAGAAGAUCAUGUAAUGUCCACCAACAACGUUCAGAAUUUUACAAGCUUAGAUUAACUCUCUUUACCCGUGUUUAACAGCUAGGGUUUAUUGAAGGAAAUUAAAAUUUUCACUGCUGCGUUUCAUAAAAGCCAUGGAUUUUUACAGUGAAAAGGGUUUUUUUUGCAAGGCAAAGUCUGUAGCUUUAUCUGUUUAUGGAUUCAUAUCAUGGUCAAUAACCUUGCCAUCUACCAUGCAAAUCCAAAAACAACAUUGGCCAACAUCUCCUGGUCUCAAAACCCUAAUUUACUCACCGGAAGAAUCCCCUCAAAACCCAAAUCCUCAUCGUUUCGUUGUCCAUUCUUACAUGAUAUCAUCCUUAUUUUUUCCACCAUCACCAUCUAGCUCCAGUACUUCUUCCUCGUCGUUUCGAUCACUGACCAGUUCCUCAUCGUACUCCUCUUGGUCCUCUAUGUUGGACGAUGUGAUUGGGACAGAGAGUGGUGUUUAUUUGGACUCCAUAAGUGAAGAAGAAACAGAAGCAAGAAUGGAGAAACUGCUGCAGCCUUAUCAUCGUAAUCUUAGCAAGAGAAAUCAGCAGCCGUGUGAAAUGAGGAAGAAAUAUCCACCGCCUAUUCCUUUACUAGCAAGAACAGGCAAUUUGCCUGGUCAUAUGCCUUGGAACUUAACUAGACAUUAUUCUAAUGGAAGAUUGAUCCUUAAAGAACAGAGAGUGAAGCAUCACGAGUACUUUGAAGCAUAUAGAGAAAAUGGCCGUCUCAUCUUGAAUCUUGUACCUCUGGAUGACACUGUUAGAUGUUGCCAUUCCGUUUAUGAUGAAGAAGAGGAGAUAGAGCUACAAGAUCUUGAGCUGGUCGAAGAAGAAGAAACAGAAGAAACUUAUGACAACAUAGAGGAAGAAGAAGAAGAAACAGAAGCAGACGAACAAACUGAAGAUGACAAAUACUUAGAAGAUAAGAUAAACAACGAAAAAUUAAUGGGUGCAGCAUCUGCUUCUUCAGUGCCAAAAUCAAGUUUGAAGAAUGUAAGUGAUGAAAGGCCUGGAGAUGUUCGCAAAUGUCUGACGUAUGCGGGUAGGAAGACAUUGGAGUCUUAUUAUUUGUCUUGCAAUGCAAAUGCUGGUGGCUACAUAGCUCGAUCUGGCUCUGCAGCUACUUUGUCCUUCACUAUUCGUCCAAUGACCACUGUGGUGUAGCUGGAUUAAUUAACUGGGAUUAGUUAAUUACUUAUGAUCAGUACUCGUUAAGUUGGUUUUCGUCUGUUUGUUGUCUUCUAGAGAACUAAAAAAAUUUGCUUUCUCAUAAUAUAGAA